UCACACAUAAGAUUGCGCAUGUAUCGCGUUUUAUUUGGUUUUGAGAGAAAGACAAACCUAGAAAAAAGGAGAAUGAGAAAGAGAGUGACAGAAAAAGAGAGCGACAGAGACGGGAGAGAGAGGUGUUGGCAGUGGACUGCAAUGGCACUUGGUCUGACACACUGACAGGCCAAGCCAUACACAGAGCAGUCUCCUCCCCUCUCUGGCCGGACCUAUAUUAACUCUCCAUGGAGCUCCACCUCACAACCAGAGGCACAUGGAGUGGGAUAACACAUCACUGAGACUCUGAGAAUACAUACCCAUACCAACUCACACAUAAUGUACCACUCUAUACUGACUACCUCUACAUAAUACUGGACUGCAUGGGUGGGCUGCACUGACACCUCUCUUCUGGUCCGGCUGUGGGACUAGUGGUUUUGGAUGUAUUUUCUCCCACUUUGCUGUAUAUAACUGUAUGGACUGUAUUGCACCAUGUUGCUCCAGACAUCUCUGAAGGAUUCUGACCAUGACCUGCGGAGGAAGAUAAGCAACAGACCUAUGCUGCAGAUUAAUGCCAGCUGUUUGAGAAGAACGAUUAAAGUCAGCUGAAAAUUGGAAGAAAACGAAAUAAAACCCACUACAAAAAUUGAUCUCUAUAGGCGGAGGCCCAUCUGCCAGGUUAUGCCCAAGUAAAAUGGAGGAUAGUUUUGAUUGCGACUGUGGCGAGCUUGAGCCACCUGAUCUCUGAGAGUGAAAAAACUCUGUGAAGACUCAAGGCCUGACUCAUUUCAGAUAUUUAGAUCAAUUGGAUUAUUAAGAAAAUAAAGAUAUAAAUAAGUCAAGGCAGUUUUAUUUGUAUAGCCCAAUAUCACAAAUUAAAAAUUUGCCUCAAGGGGCUUUACAGCAAAAAAAAAAAAAAGAAAGAAAAGAAGAUUAAAACAGUGCUUUGUGGCACAUUAGUAUGGAGCUGCUCAGGACCAGUCAUACACUGAAUGUAUCUGCACUGUGAGGAUGCAACUAGAUGCUUUCAAAUUAUCUCAAAAUCUCAGUGCUUUUUAAUUGGCCUCAAAUUCCAUUCCAUCACAGUCUUUAAAAAACAACUUUGCUUAGGAACGGUUAAAAGAAUCCCAACACUGGGGAUUGGAGAAGGAUUUCAUUUUAAUAGAAUUGCUUCCCUUACAUAAAAUGGCGAGAUGUUUCAUCUACACAUUAGUGCCCUAUAUAUGACAGUUGGGGCUUGACAGGGGGAAAUUAGUCGUUCCGUGUAGGAGUUGGUUAAUUCGGCCUCCAAAGUAGUGGGGGGAUCGGCUAAAAUUCUCUGUCAGUAUUCCAUUGAACUUGAACACAGACCAGAGGCUCAACAUCAGAGGUGCAGGAGCCAGGAAUCACUUGGAAGUAAAGAACUUAGUGUUAAGGUCAAAAUUCAGCAUGGCAGAAAAGUUUGAGUCAUUGAUGAACAUCCAUGGCUUUGACCUGGGCCCUCGCUACAUGGACUUAAAGCCUCUGGGCUAUGGAGGCAAUGGCCUGGUGUUCUCAGCAGUUGACAUAGACUGUGAUAAGCGUGUUGCCGUGAAGAAGAUUAUCCUUACAGACCCCCAGAGUGUGAAACAUGCCCUCCGGGAAAUCAAGAUUAUAAGGCGUCUCGACCAUGACAACAUUAUUAAGGUGUUUGAGACUUUGGGGCCCAGUGGACGUCGACUAACGGAGGAUGUAGUGUCCCUUACAGAGGUCAACUCUGUUUACAUUGUGCAGGAGUACAUGGAGACAGACCUAUGUCAGCUGCUGGAAAGGGGGCUUCUGUCUGAAGGCCAUGCAAGGCUCUUUAUGUACCAGCUCCUUAGGGGCCUCAAGUACAUCCAUUCCGCCAAUGUGCUGCACCGUGACCUCAAACCUGCUAACCUGUUUGUCAACACAGAGGACCUGGUGCUUAAGAUCGGAGACUUUGGUCUGGCUCGCAUCAUGGACCCACACUACUCUCAUAAGGGCCAUCUUUCUGAAGGUCUGGUCACCAAGUGGUACAGAUCCCCUCGCCUGCUGCUCUCUCCCAACAACUACACCAAAGCCAUUGACAUGUGGGCCGCUGGCUGCAUCUUUGCUGAGAUGUUGACAGGGAAAACCCUUUUUGCAGGGGCCCAUGAGCUAGAGCAGAUGCAGCUGAUCCUGGAGUCCAUCCCUGUACUGCGAGAAGAAGACAGACAGGAACUUCAUAGUGUCAUCCCUAUGUUUGCGCGCAACGACAUGUCCCAACCGCACACGCCACUGGCCAAGAUGCUACCUGACAUUAGUCCCCAGGCCCUUGAUUUUCUGGAGAAGAUCCUGACCUUUAACCCUAUGGACCGCCUGACUGCGGAGGAAGCCCUGGCCCACCCCUAUAUGGCUGACUACUCCUUCCCCCUGGAUGAGCCUGUCUCUCUGCAUCCCUUCCACAUUGAGGAUGAGGUUGAUGACAUUCUGCUUAUGGACCAGAGUCACAGCCACACCUGGGACAGGUAUCACGACAGCCAGUUGUCAGAGGCUGACUGGCACUUGCACAGUACCCACGACCCAGAGGAAGUCCAGGUUGAUCCACGGGCCCCCUCUGAUGUCAUAGAUGAGGAAGAGGUCCAGGUCGACCCCCGCAAGUAUGCUGAUGGGGAGCGGGAGAAGUUCCUGGAUGAACCAUCCUUCGACUAUUCCUCUCUGUUCCCACCAGAGCGAUCAUGGCAGGAGGACCACCAUGAGAACAAAUACUGUGACCUGGAGUGUAACCACACAUGCAACUACAAGGCUGUGUCACCUUCCUACCUGGACAACCUCAUCUGGAGGGACAGUGAGGUCAACCACUACUAUGAACCCAAGCUCAUCAUCAACCUCUCCAACUGGAAGGAGCAGCAGAGCAAGGAAAAGGCAGACCGCAAGGCCAAAAGCAAGUGUGAGAAGAAUGGGUUAGUGAAGGCUCAGAUAGCCCUGCAGGAGGCUGAGAAGACCCAAGGACCGGCAGGGAAGGACCGCGAGCAGGAGAAACACCAGUCUCAGGCUCAGAGCCAACAAAACCAAGGCUUUGAUUUUGACUCUUUCAUCGCUGGCACCAUCAAACUAAGCCUGCAGCCAGAGCCCUGCCCAGAGGUGGCCGUCCUGAGUGAGGUGGGCCUCCUCAAUGAGCUCAACUCCUCUGUCUCCCAGCUGGAAGCUCCUCGCUCGGGCUCCAUGUCUAAGUCCAUAAGCCAAGAGAAGGAGGAGAAGUGCCUGGUGAACCUCGCACAAUUAGGUGGAGGGGGGCUGGCGGUAGUGGAUGGGGAUGGGGUCCGACCUGCAUACCCUUGGGAGAGUUUUGGUGGCGGGGAGAGAGUAGGGGAGAAUGGCUGUUGGAUAGAUGAAGCGUGCUGGGACAUUCGCAAAGAGGACCAGCUCCAGAGAGAGAGCACGUACACCAGCUACCUAGACCGUCUGUUCAGCCGGAAGGAGGAGGGAGUAGGAGAAACCCUGGCCAGCCCGGAGCCAGAGACCUCAGAGGGGAGGGAGAGGGAACUGGAUGACAGCUUCUUAGGCAGGAAUGGAGAGAUCAUGUUUAACAUGCAGCUGAACUCUCUGGACUUGCCUGGUUUUGACAGCCCAGAAGACUUGCCUUUAAAAUCCAUCCAGGCAUCCCUCACCCCCUCUGCUGUCAAAUGCUCCCCACAAAUUGCCCACAAAACAUACAGCAGCAUCUUCAAGCAUCUGAAUUAAAAAAAAUUUAAAAAAAAAAUUUAAAAAAAAAACAAACUUAAAAGGUGACCUCCUUCACAGUGCAAAAUAUUGUUGUUGUUGUUUUUUUUUAUAUAAAAGUAGUAUAUUAUUUUACUUGAAUCAUUUCAUACCUUUUUUUUAAGUAUGGUUAUGUUUUAAUUAAGACUUCUUUUCUUUUCUUUUUUUUUU